CCAUUUAUCAACAUCACCUGGCCCUCCUUCUUUAGCCUCCCAAACCAAGAAAGAAACUAUCAUAUCUAACCCUUCCAACACUUGAAAUGGCCUCCACAGCCACCCUCUCUAGCGCCAUCUUCAGCACCUCCUUCACCCGCCGGCAGUCGGUCACUAGCCUACGCGCUCUUCCCAAUGUUGGACAAGCUAUGUUCGGCUUGAAAUCCAGCCGUGGAGGACGGUUUAAGGCAAUGGCGACGUACAAAGUGAAGGCCAUCACUCCAGAGGGUGAAGUGGAAGUAGAGUGCCCUGAUGAUGUUUAUAUUCUUGACGCUUUUGAGGAAGCUGGUGUUGAUCUGCCAUACUCAUGCAGGGCUGGUUCUUGCUCUUCCUGUGCAGGGAAAAUUGUAGCAGGAACCUUAGACCAGUCCGAUGGGAGCUUCCUUGACGAUGACCAGAUAGAGGCUGGUUGGGUUCUCACUUGUGUUGCUUUUCCUCAGUCUGAUGUUGUCGUUGAGACACACAAGGAAGCUGAGCUUACUGGUUAAUUCAAACCCAGAUUCUUGUUUUCUACGUCUGUUGGUUUUUGGCUUAGUUUGUUCUUCGGAACAUGAUUGUUAUGUUUCUUGUUAAAGUUUGUAGUCACAAACAGAACUCUUUUAGCUUACUAAUGUUCCUAUA